CUUGUUGAGCGGUUUUGUUGUGCUGUGUGGUCUAGGUAUGGAGACAGAAGAGAGGAACCAGAAAGGGUGCAAGGGUUCGGAGCCAGAGUUUUUCUUGCAGUGGGGGCACAGGAAGCGGCUGAGAUGUGUGAGGGUGAAGGACCCUCGGAUUUCAACGAGGCUCAACGGUGGAAUCAGAAGGAAACUUGGUUCUGCACUAGAUCAUCGCUCUGGGGUCACUGUGGCGGAGAAAGAAGCCUCUCAUAAUCAUCAUCAACAACCCAAUCGCCUCACAAGGAAUUCCGAUGGAGCGAUUCUCCGGUCGUCGGUGGGCGAGACUAGGAAAUCAGCGUCGCCGGAGAAGGAAGAUCGGUACUACACGACGAGGGGUUCGGCGGAGGAGAGCGGCAAAGUCACCGGCGACGGUAACAACGGCGAGGAUCGAGCCCUAGUGUGGCCAAAGCUUUACAUCACUCUUUCAAGCAAGGAGAAAGAGGAAGACUUUCUGGCCAUGAAGGGUUGCAAGCUUCCUCAGCGACCAAAAAAGAGGGCGAAACUCAUCCAAAGAAGCUUACUUUUGGUGAGCCCUGGGGCGUGGUUGACUGAUAUGUGCCAAGAGAGAUAUGAAGUUCGGGAGAAGAAAAGUAACAAGAAGAGACCAAGAGGGUUGAAGGCCAUGGGAAGCAUGGAGAGUGAUUCUGAAUGA